UGUGUUUUACUCUGACCCAGUCUUUUCUCUUAUUUAUAGCGGCCUUCCUGUAAACACAGGUUAAAAGGGAAGGAUUGGUUAAGCAAGUUGAGCCAUUUUCUUUCACUUCAAACCCUAAAAUGACUUCGAAUUUACUAGGCAGACCGACUCCACAGUCUAUAUUAGCCCUCGGAGAAAUUGUAGAGCUUGUUUUAUCGUUCCUUCCUGCCAGAGACCUCGCGAAUACCUCUCAAGUUUGUCGUCUAUGGAGAGACAUGACCAAGAGGGUUUUUCGCUUCCGAAAAUCAAAAUGGGCGAGUUUUGUGGUUCAUCAUGGCACUAAUAUUGGUACUCCCUGUAGUUCCAAGUUAUCAAUGGAUUUGAUGGUUUCUUGUAUCAAUGACUUUUUGGAAAAUCUCCGAAUUUUUCCCGCAGCAGCAAUAAUAUUUGUAAGCAGAUCUCAAGAUUAUUGUGAACCUAGACGAGAUGAAGUUCGCGGUCUUAUAACGUCAGUGAAGUCGAGACUUCCAGCAAGUUGUACAGUCAUUGGUUGUGUUGGAAGUGGAAUAAUAGGAUGUGAAGAGGGAGAGCAGCCUGAAGAGAUUGAAAUGGCAGAAGGGGUGUCACUCUUAAUCAUGCCAAAAGUGGAUGGCGUUAGUACGUGUACCUUCAACAUGAGCUGCACUGAUGUCCGCAACAACAGGUCUUUUAAAUCACGUUGGGAAACAUCCUUGAACAUUCCUGCUGAUAAGCAACUUAAGUUUGCCAUUCUGUUUGCAAAAGGAGAUAUAUACAAUCUAGAUAUUAUAGGAAAAGUUGCGUCAGGGAUAUGGCAGAUAAAUGGCUGUGAAGAUGGAGAAAAGUCAAACAUUGUUAUAAUUGGUGGCUUGGUAGACUCUCUACUAUUUGUAGACAAUGAAAUCAAAAAUACUGGCGUUAUAGGUCUUGGUAUAGCUGGCGAGGAUGUUCAGGCAGUUUCUAUUGUGCACCAUGGUGAAACUGCUGAUGGAGUUACCAAGAGUUUGCAACAACUUCAUAACUUUGAUGUUUCCUGUUCAGAGAGUUGUGCCUGCUUCAUGGUGUCUUGUGUCGGUCGAGGAGAGAAAUUUUACUCUUCCAGAAAUGUAGAAUCUCGAAUCUUUAAACAAGUGUUCCCUAAAGUUCCUAUUGGAGGAUUCUUUGGGAAUGGUGAACUUGGUCUAGAUUUGCAGUCAACUGAAGGACAGCCUUUGAAAGACAGCCAUUUUUUACACUCAUAUUCUUCAGUAUUUUGUUUAUGUUCCUUGGAAGCUGGAAAAAGGACAGUUGAGAGUAUUAAUCCAAGUUUAACAGCUGGACGUUCAUCAAAGCAGCAUGAUCAAGGGGAAGUUGAUAAAUAUAAGACCUUGAAAAAAUUUUUUGUUUAGUACAGGUGUCAAUAAGUUAUUUCAUGCGAAGGCCUACAAGCAGGAUAAUUUCUUUAAACCAAAAAUUGCUUCUACAGCUUGCAUAUUUGACAUGCUAUUCCUGGAGCUGUCUAGGUUUGCAGAAAGGAAACCAGAGAAACAUGACAAACUGCCAGAGAUAAAGAAAAAAAAAUGAACCAGAACAAAAUAGGGAAAUAAUAUAUUAUAAAUAUAUAAUCUUAUAAUUCUGCAUCUUAAUCAUUCUUCAGAUAGAAAUAGCAAAAACUAUCAAUUGAAAUUGUAAUUUAAAAUUAAAUAUAAGAGCAUCAUUUACUAAAGAGAAAGUAUAUAUUAAUUCAAAGUUCUCCUACCAUAUGUUAUAAGGUAAUUUUUUUUAUACAAUGUAAUUAUCAUAAGCUUACCAAUACUCCAUUUUACAGUUCCGUUCCAAGCCGAGGCUGGAGUUUUCGCGCAUGAUAAAAAGUAUAGUUUUGCUAUGUGCGGAAACUGCAGCCUCGAUUUGCAACUAUUAUUCAUGGUCACUCAAACAGAACUGUAAAAUGGAGUAUUGGUUAAAAUUUUGUUUUCACCAAGUGACUAGCUUUACGGUCAAUAAUCACGUUGAAUAAGGCUGGCAAUGGAUGAAAAUAUUUUUGUUUGUGACAUGCAUUCUCUUCAUGCACUCUGAUAUUAAUGACAUUCCAUGUAUUUAUUAAAAGAAAAGCAAGUUUCUGAUUAAUGGCUAUUAGUAUUUACAGUCUUAUAAGUUGUCAUAUGAUAGAUUAUUACUACUGUAUGAGUUUCCUCAUUUCAGACCAUAUGUUAUUCCCUAGAGUAUCAUUUCUUUGUUUAAAAUAGACACAUGAAUAUGAACACAACUCAAACAAAACAUUAUUUUCAAGGGAUUGAUGAAGUCUUAAAUGAAAAAAAAAAACAACAUUAUGGUCACACUACAGGUCUAUACCCCAAGCUGAAGAGGUGCAAAGACCUAGGAUGUUUUCCAUUUUAUAUCUUACAAUUCCCUUGAGUAAUAUUCCUUUGUGAACCAGUGAGUAAAACUUGGAAGAAUAAUAUAUACAUGGUCUGAAAUGAGAAAACAUUACUUGUGCCCAAAAAAAUAGAUCUAUAAGUGGUUUAGACAAUUUAUGAUAUCUUUCUAUAUUUUGAUCGUGUUAUUCCACUCCUUUGCAUAUCAUCAUAGAACGAGUUAUUCAACAAAGAUACAGUAUUUGUUAAUGGAAUGGCACAUGGCAUGGUCCGAAAUGGGAAAGCAUAAUGCAUAACCAAUUGUCCUCUUUUUAGUUAUAUUUAUAUUUGUUAAAGUUAUAUUAGUUAGUAACUUUUCAUGUACAGUGUUGACCUUGUAUGUUGCCAGAGACUUGUGCAACAUGCAAAGAAUUAAAUAAAAACAAUUAUAAAAA